GGCUUCUCCACACAGCCACACUUAAAACUUUAAAAGUCUCUCUGCAAUACCAGAGAAACACAAAAACAUGAAAAAUAUGACAGAAUCUAGGUCCCCAUUUCUUUUCUGGUUCUCUUUCUUCUGUUUGCUUCAUUCGCUUCCUGUCUACUCUGCCAAAUCCUCACAUCGUAGAUUCCCAUCUUUACUGAUAUCCCCAGGAGAAAAGAUAUCACCUUCUGCUGGUCAAAACCAACUUUACAGAACCAAAUACUUCACCCAAGUCCUUGACCAUUUCAAUUACUAUCCCAAGAGCAAUGAAACUUUCCAACAGAGGUAUUUGAUAAAUGAUACGUUCUGGGGAGGCGCCAAGAGCAAUGCUCCAAUCUUUGUUUACACUGGUAAUGAAGGGAACAUAGAAUGGUUUGCGGAGAACACUGGUUUUCUGUAUGACACGGCUCCCCAUUUUAAGGCCCUCAUCAUUUUCAUUGAGCAUAGGUUCUAUGGAAAAUCUCUACCUUUUGGGGGCAGGAAAGUUGUGGCUUAUAGCAAUGCAAGUACACUGGGAUAUCUAAGCUCCACACAAGCCUUGGCAGAUUAUGCUUCCUUAAUUAUUGAUUUUAAGAAGAAUUUGACAGCAACUGACUCACCUGUAGUGGUCUUUGGAGGUUCCUAUGGAGGAAUGCUGGCAGCAUGGUUUAGGUUGAAAUAUCCCCAUGUUACAAUUGGAGCUUUGGCAUCUUCUUCUCCGAUCCUCAAUUUUGAGAACAUAACAUCUCCAGAUAGCUUCAACAAUAUAGUCACUAAAGACUUUAGGAGUGAGAGUGAAAGUUGUUACAGAGUGAUCAAGGGCUCAUGGGAAAAUAUCAAAGACACGGCAAAGCAUCCUGGAGGGCUUGAGCUACUUCGGAAAUCGUUUAAAAUAUGCACGAAUAAUAUUAGCUUAGAUGAUCUUCAAAAUUGGCUUGAAGCCGCUUAUCUUUACACAGCAAUGACGGAUUAUCCUACUCCAUCGAAUUUCAUGAGUCCCAUGCCAGCAUAUCCAGUGAAACAGAUGUGUAAGGCAAUAGAUGAUCCAACAACGGGAAAUGAUACAUUUGCAAAGCUAUAUGGUGCAGCUACUGUCUACUAUAAUUACAGUGGGACGGCCAAGUGUUUCGAUCUUAAUGAUAAAUCAGAUCCUCACGACCUCGGAGGAUGGGAUUGGCAGUAUUGGGAUUUUCUUCCUGAGAUUAUCGGAGGUCUUGGUGCGUUGGGUCUUGCCGGUAGCGAUGGUGAUCAGCCCCUGGGGUCUUGGGUUAGCACUGAUGACGGGGAUAACACAGGAAGAGGAUGGCCAGUUCUAAUGGUUAGCUACUGGCUCUGUACUUUUCGACCCAAGGCAUGUGGUGGAUGCGGUGGUUUCGUCGGUGGACGAGGUGGCUGUUCUGACGUUGGUGGUGGUGAUCAAGGUAGUGGCAUUGGCGUGUCUGCUGCGCAGCUGCUGGCCUAGGCUAAUACCGGUGGCUGGGGUAGAGUUGGUUGUAAUGGUGCAGUCUCUUCGGCGGUGAUCGAAGCAGGAGGUGGCGGCUUGAUUGGUUGGGGUGGAAGCAGACUGCCCUUUCCAAUUUUGACCAAUUGGGCCAGCUGGGCCUGGUAUUGGUUGGAGGGUCUAUUGCAGGGUUGGUUUUGGGUGGGUGGUGUCAUAACUUUUAUUCAGGCCUGGUCUGCCUUUGGAGUUGAAUGGAACUUCUCACUUGGGGCGGUUCUGAUGAAGGAAGAUGGAGUGGAGGAUGACAAAUCUCCUCCCCUCAUGUCAAGUGUUCUUUAAUUUUUUGAGGUCGCAAAGAUCAAUUUCUGUGAGGAUUCAUUUUACAAUUUUGCUUCGGAGGAUUCUGAUCUUUGUUUGGAAUAAUGGUGCGUAUUUGUAUUAAAAUGUGGGUGUAUUAGGGGUAACCUGGGUCUUAUUCUUAUUUAGAGUAAGUUGUUAAGGUUCCCUAAGGAACGAUU